AUGCCGGACAUGGCGGCCUGCGGAGAUUUUCAUACUGUUCUUAUCCGAUCCCAUGGAGAAGCAGUUGCCUUUGGCGACAACAAAUUCGGCCAGUGUGAGGUUCCAGCCUUGCCGAAAAGUCUGCGCUACGUAUCAGCUGCAGCAGGUUGUCGUCACACCGUUUUGCUCCGCAGCGACGGCAAAGCACUCGCUUUUGGAGCAAAUGAGCACGGACAAUGUGACGUGCCACCACCGGGGCCUGGCAAACAUUAUGUUCGAGCUGCUGCUGGAAACUGGCACACAGUCUUGCUGUGCAGCGAUGGCGAAGCUGUUGCUGUCGGUCGGCGUCAAGAAGGGCAGUGUGCAGUCCCUGCAUUGACGACGGAACGGCCAGAGCCAUCUGCGGUCAACAAAACCGAUGCUCAGGACGUUGCAGUCCAUGUUGGCGCAUUGCAGCGAAAUGUUCGUCGACUUGGCCACGCACGCGUUCAACGAACGCCCGAAAAUAAAGUUGCCAGGCAACUGAGAUAUGUGGCUGUAGCUGCUGGGACAUUUCACACGCUGUUGCUUCGAAGCGACGGAGUGUCGCUUGCUUGCGGAUCUUACAAAAGCCAGGGGUUGAUUCCUCAGCCUCCAACUGGAGUGAAAUACAUUGACGUCGCAGCGAAUCUGGAACACACGCUGUUACUGCGCAGUGACGGGCAAGCGAUUGCAUGUGGGCCAGAGGAUGGGAGCGAGCGUCAACAGAUUCCAUUGCCUCCAGCGGGACAGCAGUACGUUGCUAUAGCAGCUGGUUGUCAUCACAGUGUUGUGCUGUGCAGUGAUGGGACUGUUCUGGCAUUCGGACACAACAGUGACGGUCGCUGCAACGUUCCCCCGCUACCUGCCGGAACCUGCUACACCUGUAUAGCAGCAGGCUUACGACACACAGUGCUUUGGCGGAGUGAUGGAGUUGCUUUGGCUUUCGGAAGCAGCUCGCUUCCAGCAGGAUGCCCGCGAGUUCGGGCAGGUCCUUGUGAUGUACCUCAGCUUCCGCGUGUGGCAGUGGCAGUGCGGGGUGGCUCUGACUCACGGCGCAUGCGACCUGCGACGCCGGAGCGAGCUGGCACUCGCAGAGGCUCAAAGGAGCAUUCGCAGAGUCCGUUUGUCUUGGACGUCGACGGCGCCUCCUUUCACCAUAUAUCCGACACUUGA